AUGGCCAGAAAUUUUAGUUUACGCUCUAUUCUAGAUGCUAAUAAGUUAACUGGUCUAAACUUCACGGAUUGGUAUAGGAAUGUAAAAAUUAUUUUACGUUCUGAAAAGAUAGCGUACGUCUUGGAUUCUCCUGUUCCUGUUGCCCCUGCUGAAGGGCAAGAUGGGCAUGACCAGUAUGACUGGGAAGCUCAUAGACAGCAUUUGGCGGACAAUGAACAGGCAGAGCUUUAUGAUAAGCAAGGGAGGGCUGAGCGUUUUGAAACCUCCAAGGAGCUGUUUGGCUGCAAAAUGAUUGAGGGCACUGCGGUUGGACCGCACGUCCUCAAGAUGAUUGGGCUGAUAGAGAAACUUGCUUCUCUGGGUUUUAUCAUGGACCAUGAGCUAAGUAUUGACUUAGUCCUGCAGUCCUUGCCGUCUUCAUUUAAUGGUUUUGUGGUCAACUACCAUAUGAAUAAGGUGGAGACAACACUCCCAGAGUUGUUGAAUCUCCUCACCUCUGCUGAGGGUGCUGUUAAGAAGAACAAAACCCAAGCUCUUCUGAUUGGCGGUUCUAAAAAGGAUAAGGGUAAGGGCAAGUCUGUAGAGACAGACAAGCUCAAGCCCAAGAGCAAGCCCAAAAAGAUGAAGGGCAAAGACAAGGGUAAAGGAAAAGGGAAGUCGUAG